UAAGAACAUGUGGCAUACCACCAACAAAGCAUGCCAUGUUUCAAAUGGCUACACGUGGCAUUAGCAAGUGCAAUUGCAUAAACCAAAUCCGCCCUGCACUCGAAAGUGAAUUCCAAUCCCACAUUUGCUGAGCAAAUUUUCUGCAGGUACAAAUUGGGAUAGUGACCAACUUAUGCUGCGUGUUAACGAUAGAGAUGGCACAAGCACAAGAAGCCAAGGAAAGUUCAGCACUUUCAAGCUGUGAUGCUUAUUUUGAGAGGAUAAAGUCCAGGAAGAAGUUACCACAACCGUUGCAGGAGACUCUAACAGAUGCAUUUACGAGGAUUCCUGUUUCAUCUUUCCCACAAGUUCCUGGAGGCAAAGUGAUUGAAAUUCUAGCAGACGCAACAAUUGCUGAUGCCGUUAAGAUUCUAUCGGAAUGCAACAUCCUGUCUGCUCCUGUGAGAAACCCAGAUGCAGUCACUAGCUUGGACUGGAGAGAAAGGUACUUAGGAAUCAUAGAUUACUCAGCCAUCAUUCUCUGGGUACUAGAGAGUGCCGAACUUGUUGCUGUUGCUUUAUCAGCCAGCACAGCUACAGCUGCUGGUUUAGGUGCUGGAGCCGUUGGUGCUGUUGGAGCACUACCAAUAGGUGUGACAGGUCCUGCAGCAGUUGCUGGAAUAACUGUUGCAGCAGUAGGAGCUGCUGUGGCUGGGGCAGUGGCAGCUGAUCAAGCAGCAGGAAAAGAUGCUCCAUCAGCCGCUGACAACUUGAGCAAGGAUUUUUACGAAGUUAUCCUUCAAGAAGAACCCUUCAAGUCAACCACUGUAAGUUUUAUGGUAAGGUCAAUAGUUAAAUCAUACAGGUCGGCUCCUUUCAUUCCAGUUGCAACAGACAGUUCCAUGUUGAGUGUCCUACUGCUACUUUCAAAAUAUAAGUUGAGAAAUGUACCUCUAAUUGAGCCAGGCGAGCCCGAUAUCAAGAACUACAUUACUCAAUCUGCAGUUAUUGGAGGUCUGGAAGGAUGCAGGGGGAGGGACUGGUUUGACUGUAUUUCUGCACGGCCUAUUUCUGAUUUGGGACUCCCUUUCAUGUCUUCAGAUGAGGUUAUUAGCAUCCAAGGUGAUGACCUGGUUCUGGAAGCAUUCAAAAGAAUGAAAGACAACCAAGUUGGUGGUCUUCCAGUAGUAGAGGGGCCAAGGAAAAAGAUUGUUGGGAGUGUAAGCAUGAGAGACAUCAGACACUUGCUGCUCAAACCUGAACUUUUCUUCAAUUUCAGGCAGCUCACAGUGAAGGAUUUCAUGGAUACUGUUGUCUCAAUGGGCCAGGAGUUGGGCAGGCUCCCCCCACCGAUAACAUGCAAGGUAGAUUCAACUCUUGCUAGUGUGAUUCAGACUCUUACCACCAAAUUGGUGCACAGGAUCUAUGUAGUAGCUGAGAAUGAGAAUGAAGUUGUCGGUGUAAUUACUCUUAGAGAUGUGAUCUCUUGCUUUAUAUUUGAACCCCCAAGCUAUUUUGAUAGCCACUUAGGGUUUUCAGUGAAAGAAAUGUUGAAUCAGUGAAGUCUCUGUUGUGAUCACAAGCCAGG